CUUUUACAGACAGUGUGGCAGCCCCGGGCGUCGCGUCUACGCGCGGGAUUACAGUAACUCGGUUGUCAGUGAUGAGUCAGAGUGCGUGGUGCUGAUGCUGCUGCCAUUUCAUCACCUCUGCGAGCGCAGCAUCCAUUCCUUCGCUCUCCCUGCGCCUGGGCCUACCUCGCCUCAGGCUCCCAGGCCAGCGAUGUGCUCGCUGCCGAUCUAGAUCCGGACCAAGCCACGCUCUCCGAGGCCUCGGCUGGGCGCCCCUCUCGCCGCCCACGGCCGGCCCGGGCCUAGGAGACCUGCUGAUCCCUGGCCAUGGAGGCCAUCUGGCUAUACCAGUUCCGGCUCAUUGUCAUCGGGGAUUCCACGGUGGGCAAGUCCUGUCUGAUCCGCCGCUUCACCGAAGGCCGCUUUGCCCAGGUUUCGGACCCCACUGUGGGAGUGGAUUUUUUCUCCCGUCUGGUGGAGAUCGAGCCAGGAAAACGCAUCAAGCUCCAGAUCUGGGAUACCGCGGGUCAAGAAAGGUUCAGAUCCAUCACUCGCGCCUACUACAGGAACUCAGUAGGUGGUCUUCUCUUAUUUGACAUUACCAACCGCAGGUCCUUCCAGAAUGUCCAUGAGUGGUUAGAAGAGACCAAAGUGCACGUUCAGCCCUACCAAAUUGUAUUUGUUCUGGUGGGUCACAAGUGUGACCUGGAUACACAGAGGCAAGUGACUCGCCACGAGGCAGAGAAACUGGCUGCUGCGUACGGCAUGAAGUACAUUGAAACGUCAGCCCGAGACGCCAUUAAUGUGGAGAAAGCCUUCACAGACCUGACAAGAGACAUAUAUGAGCUGGUUAAAAGGGGGGAUAUUACAAUCCAGGAGGGAUGGGAAGGGGUGAAGAGUGGAUUUGUACCAAAUGUGGUUCACUCUUCAGAAGAGGUUGUCAAAUCAGAAAGGAGAUGUUUGUGCUAGUCAGCUGUUUUAUUUCCAAAACAUGCUCUCCCACCUGAACUUAAAAGUGAUCAAAAUGAAAAGAAUCCCUGCGUGACUGAAUGGACUCAACCUCCAUUUUACAUACAAGUGAGCCUCCUUCUAAGGGGUUUCUGACAGGCUGUGGGUGGGUGGAUGUGGGAGCCUGGGUGCUGUGACCGAGGGACUGAAUUACUGAUAUGGGCCAGGCACUGUUUGUGGCCCAUUCUGGGCAGUGGCUGCUCCAUGUGCCCUUUGUGGAUCACAUGUCAAGGGGCUGAGGUUUGGGGAGCUAGGCUCCAGAAAAAUACACCCACAGACAGAAUAACUAUUUGUUGGUGUUCCAGCUCAUUCAUAGGUCACAAACAUAAAGAUAUAUGUAAAGGGGAAAAAAGUAUCACAUUGGAAACAAUUCGCAAAACUAAAAAUGACUAUGAGAUCAACUUAAUCAGUGAGAAUAUCCCACACCAAGUGUGUGUGCUGGGUUUCGUUGUAAGGGACCGAUUGGCUUCUAAACAGCUCAUCCGUAGAAUGAGGGGCAUGGACCAGCUAUUUACUAUGACCCUUUCGAGGCCUGCUGUUCUAGUAAAAUUGGUGUGACUAUGAAAAGGGAGGCCAUUACACAUACUGAUGUUAUCACAUUCCAGAAAAUGUACACCCUUGUGAUGGAAUAACCAACAGUGUGAAAGGAAACUGUCCCAUGCAAAUUACCACAUAAGUAGAAGAAACAGUGUAAUCCAUGCCAUACCCUCUGUCCCUUCUGACCAUGCCUUGAGUUUCACCUGCCUGACUCUUCAGGUACAGGGACUGCUGAGUACCUGCUCAACAAGAGGCGCUGUGACCCUGCAAACAGUCCCUUGAAUUACUUACUGAUCGUCACAACAGGCCUGUGAGGUUUUCUUCCCCAUUUUACAAGAGUAAACUAAGAAGCAGGAGAUUCACUUGGCUAAGGGGAAGGUCUCCUGACUCCUAGUUCUUGUUCCACUGCAUCAUCUUGUGCCUGCUAUCAGAUGAAUGAACUGUUAUUAAUUUGUUUACUUUGGAAGAGAUAUGACUGUAAAUAAAUGUUCUCUACAUGUUAGGAUAUGUUUCCUUAUUGCUUACGACUCAGCUAUAAUCCUGAGGGAACCUGGGGAUGAAACAAAAGGUAAAGCCAAUUCAGGUAUCAUUGACAAGAGGGCUUUAAAUGAGUAAAUAAUUGCACAACUCAAAACACAUUAAAACUGUGUGGGCUACAAGUGUUCUUAUCACUGAAACACAGUGGACAUAUUAUUGAAAGGAACCAAAUACAGCAAUGGGGAGUGGGAUGGGGAUAAAAUACUCAACUCACAAUGACCUUAGCCACCUGUUUGCCAUAUAACUACACUGGAUUCUUGGCUAUCCUGGAGAGUCAGCUCUUAAUUCUCAGGUGAACAGACAUCUAAUUGCAUCAGAAAAUUGAAAUGGUUGGCUUAAGCUUCCAUUAUCUUCUUGAAGAGAGGUCAUGCUUUAAAUUAUUCUUUGGACUGUAGCCAGUUGAGCUAGGCAAAAGCCAUACCUUUCACAGUAAGAAAACAAUUCUGAAUAGUCAGGUUUCUCAUAUCCAUUGUGAUAGGAAGGCCUGACAAUGGUAAAUUGCUUUGACAUAUAAUAUUGAACUUCAGUAUGAAUGUGACUGAAUCUGAACGUUUGGGAAUUUACUUCAGCCAGAAUGAAGCAGCCAAAUAAUGAAAAUUAUGGAAACAAACCACCUUGGACCAACCUGCAGCAUCAACUACAAGUGAACCAAUCAUCAUCUCUACGUUCAUUCCACAUGACCUGUCUUGGGUGGAGUAAUUAAGUUGCCAGCUUUGUGGUUUCAGAAGGCAAAUAAAAGAUGGUAAAUGGGUUUAAGACAAAGUUUCACCAACCACUAUACUUAAUUAUAUUAAGAAGAUUCUGAAAGCAAGAUUAUCCAGUGGAUAAAUGAGUUGAGUGGAUUCUGUCAGUUCAAAAAAAAAAAAAAAAAA